AUGUUUCUGCAAUUCUUGCUUCUGCUCCUUGCCCUUCCGUUUUGUACUCCUGCUGACACCAUAACUCCGACCCAACCCCUAAGGGACGGAGACGUUCUGGUGUCAAAAGGAGCACGCUUCGCUCUUGGGUUCUUCUCCCCCAGCAACUCCAGCCACCGCUACGUUGGACUUUGGUAUUACAGUAUUUCAACAACAGUUGUAUGGGUCCUUAACAGAGACGAUCCAAUCAAUGACACCUCCGGAGUCCUCUCAAUUAAUACCAGAGGAAACCUCGUUCUCAACCGCCGAGAUUCUCCUCUCUGGUCCACAAACGUCUCUGUCUCAUCGGUGAACAACACGAUAGCUCAGCUCUUGGACACAGGUAACCUAGUUUUGAUCCAAAAUGAUGGUAAAAGGGUUGUAUGGCAAGGCUUUGAUUAUCCCACAGAUACUAUGCUUCCCUACAUGAAGCUAGGACUUGAUAGGAGAACCGGGUUGAAUCGGUUCCUAACAUCUUGGAAGUCACAGGGUGACCCAGGAACCGGUGAAUACACGCACAAGAUGGGGGUAAGUGGGUCUCCUCAAAUGUUCUUUCGAAAGGGUUUCCAGCCUUUAUGGCGAACCGGCCCUUGGAAUGGUUUAGGGUGGGCGAGUGUGCCGGAGGUGAAUAGUGGCUCCAUAUUCAACACCACUUUUUUGAACAACACGGAUGAGGUCUCUGUGGUAUACACCGUCAUGCAGCCCUCAGUUUUAUCCAGAUUAACGGCGGACAGUAAUGGAUUCCUCCAAUACUACACGGCGCAGAAAUCGGACAGCAAAUGGGUAGCGUUCUGGUUCGCGCCGGCGGAACGCUGUGACACUUAUGGCCGCUGUGGGCCGAACGGCAAUUGCAACCUCAUUACAGCAGACUACUUUGAGUGUACGUGCCUUGCGGGAUUCGAGCCCAAGUCAGCACGUGACUGGUCAUUGGCAGACGGGUCGCAAGGGUGUGUGAGGAUCCAUGGCUCGAGCGUGUGUAGGAAUGGGGAAGGGUUCAUAAAAAUGGCACACGUGAAGGUACCGGACACAUCGGCGGCGCGUGUUGACACGAGCUUGAGCUUGGAAGAGUGCAGAGAGGAGUGCUUGAAUAACUGCAACUGCAGUGCGUACACACGGGCUAGCGUGAGUGGGAGUGGGUGCUUGUCCUGGUAUGGGGAUUUGAUGGACACAAGAGUCCUCAGCGUAGGGGGCCAAGACUUGUUUCUUCGUGUGGAUGCUAUUACUUUGGCUCAAAAUAAAAGAAAGAAAAAUAUCUUUCACAAGAAAUGGUUGAUAGUGAUUCUCACGGUGGGGCUUGCUUUGGUCACGGUUCUCAUGGUCUCCUUAUCUUGGUUGGCAAUGAAGAAGAGAAAAGGUAAAGGAAGACAACAUAAAUUGUUGUUUAAUUUGAACUCGAGUGAUACGUGGCUUGCACACUAUUCAAAAGCAAAGCAGGGAAAUGAAAGUAGGACACCUUCUAAAUUGCAAUUAUUUGAUCUAAGCACUAUAGUUGCAGCAACAAAUAAUUUCUCCUUCACUAAUAAACUUGGACGGGGCGGUUUUGGCUCAGUUUAUAAGGGUCAAUUAUCUAAUGGACAAGAAAUAGCUGUGAAAAGAUUAUCAAAGGAUUCAGGGCAAGGAGUAGAAGAAUUUAAGAAUGAAGUCACCUUAAUUGCAGAACUCCAACACAGAAAUCUUGUGAAGCUUCUAGGUUGUUGUAUUGAAGAAGAAGAGAAAAUGCUAAUCUAUGAGUACAUGCCAAACAAAAGCUUGGACUCUUUCAUUUUUGAUGAAACAAAAAGAUCAAUGUUAACUUGGGAGAAGCGCUUUGAAAUCAUUAUUGGAAUUGCCCGAGGGAUCUUAUAUCUUCAUCAAGACUCAAGAUUAAGAAUCAUACAUAGAGAUCUAAAAGCAAGCAAUGUUCUAUUAGAUGUUGAUAUGAUCCCAAAAAUUUCAGAUUUUGGUAUGGCUAGAUUAUUUGGUGGGAAUCAAAUUGAAGGAAGCACAAAUCGGGUAGUUGGGACAUAUGGUUAUAUGUCACCUGAAUAUGCAAUGGAAGGACUAUUUUCAAUAAAAUCUGAUGUAUAUAGCUUCGGGGUUUUGCUAUUAGAGAUUAUUACUGGGAGAAGAAACACAACUUAUUAUUGUGGUAGCCCCUCCUUCAACUUAGUUGGAUAUGUUUGGAGCCUAUGGACAAAAAGCAAAGCCUUAGACAUAGUAGAUCUAUCACUAGAAAAGUCAAAUCAUACAAAUGAAGUAUUGAGAUGCAUCCACAUUGGACUCUUAUGUGUGCAAGAAUUCGCAAUAGAUCGACCUACCAUGUUGACAAUUAUUUCCAUGUUGGGUAACAAUUCCACUCUUCCUCCUCCUAAUCAGCCUGCAUUUGUUGUGAAACCAUGUCAUAAUGAUGCAAACUCACCUAGUGUAGAAGCUUCUAUAAAUGAGCUAACAAUAACUAUGGAUGCACGUUAA